CAGAAAAUAUAAACAUAAAAAGAAAAAAAAUAUGAAGUGAAAAUAACAAGUACCUGAGAACCACUUCCCUUGCCGCUUUGUUGCGUUUACGAUCCGCCUGCACCACAACAUGCCCAAGUACUACUGUGACUACUGCGACACCUACCUCACGCACGACUCGCCGUCAGUGCGCAAGACACACUGCCAGGGACGCAAGCACAAGGAGAAUGUCAAGAUUUACUACCAGAAGUGGAUGGAGGAGCAGGCACAGUCCCUCAUUGAUGCCACAACUGCUGCGUUCAAGGCGGGCAAGAUCCCCAAAGGAGCUGCCAUCCCGCCGCCCUCCGCCAUGCAGGGUGGAGGACCAGGCGGCCCGGGCGGCCCUGGUGGACCAGGGGGACCCGGACCCCAGAACAUGGGUGGACCAGGGGGACCACCACGGGGGCCGGGCAUGGGCAGCAUGGGACCCCCGGGCAUGGCAGGGGCCAACAUGCCCGGCAACAUGGGCAUGCCUCCCAUGGGGCCACGGGGACCCAUGAUGGGGCCGCCCAUGAUGGGGGGACCUCCGGGACCCGGGAUGCCACCGGGGAUGAUGCCAGGGAUGCGGCCUCCAAUGGGUGGGCCAAUGGGACCAAUGAUGAUGGGGCCGGGUGGGAUGCGGCCCCCGAUGAUGGCCGGCCCUCCGCAGAUCCGACAAUAACCCUCCUGGACGUGUCUGUGGCCCGGCCCGCCUCCUCCUUCCUCCCUCCCCAGCUUCUGUCUAUCUCCCUAACUGAUUUGUAUGUUUUAAAGAAUGCUAUUUUGAGUCACUAGGUGUGUAAGAUUAAGUAAAGGUUUUUUAUUA